AUGGGCGCGGCCGGCCCCCGACGGGGCAUGGGCCCCCCAGAUGGCGGCUGGGGCUGGGCGGUGCUGGGCGCCUGCUUCGUGGUCACCGGCUUCGCCUACGGCUUUCCCAAGGCCGUGAGCGUCUUCUUCCGCGCGCUCAUGCGCGACUUCGGCGCUGGCUACAGUGAUACGGCCUGGGUGUCCUCCAUCAUGCUGGCCAUGCUCUACGGCACGGGUCAGCGCCUCCACCGGGUCCUCCGCCUCCCUGGGGCCCCGGGGAUCCCGAAUCAGUAG